CGGCCGCGAGCGUGGAGCCGGCCCGGCGCCGCCGCAGCUGCAGCAGCCGCCGCGGAGCGGAGCGCCCCGGCCGUGCCAUGGCAUUGUGGUGACUGCCCGGCCCCGCCACCCGCCCGCCCCGCGGCCAUGGCCCCCAUGGGCAUCCGCCUGUCGCCGCUCGGCAUGGCCGUGUUCUGCCUGCUGGGGCUGGGCGUCCUCUACCACCUCUACUCCGGCUUCCUGGCCGGCCGCUUCGCCUUCUUCAUGCUGAGCGAGCCGGCGGCCGGCGGGCCCGAGACGUCCCACGGCUCUGCGCCCGGCGGCACCGUGGACCUGCGGGAGCUGCUGGCCGUGUCCGUGCUGGCCGCCGUCAGGGGCGGGGAGGAGGUGAAGCGGGUCCGCGAGGGGAACGUCCUCAACGCCAAGGCGAAGGGGAAGACGCGGGAGGGGGCCGAGGAGCAGCUGACCACAGGCGACCUCCUGUCCAACCGCAGGAUGUUCUACCUGCUGAAGGGCGCCUUCCCCGCCGUGCAGAUAAAUUCUGAGGAGCGGGUUGAUACAGCUGAUCAGGAGACAGUCUCCUGGGAUCACAGUAUUCCUGAAGACAUAAAGCAAAAAAUACAGCCUAAAGAGGUGCCAGCAGAAAGUGUCACUGUCUGGAUCGAUCCCUUAGAUGCUACACAAGAAUACACAGAGGAUCUUCGACAGUAUGUCACGACCAUGGUUUGUGUGGCUGUAAACGGUAAACCAGUAAUAGGUGUGAUACACAAGCCCUUCUCAUCAUACACAGCUUGGGCAAUGGUGGAUGGUGGGUCAAAUGUAAAAGCUCGUUCCUCCUACAACGAGAAGACUCCAAGGAUUAUUGUGUCCCGCUCCCAUGCAGGAAAAGUUGAGCAAGUUGCACGGCAGACAUUUGGAAAUAAAACUGUGAUAAUCCCUGCUGGUGGAGCAGGUUAUAAAGUGUUGGCCCUCCUUGACGUGCCUGAAAAGAAUCAAGAAGAAGCUGACGUGUAUAUCCAUGUCACCUACAUUAAGAAGUGGGACAUAUGUGCUGGAAAUGCAGUGUUGAGAGCUUUGGGUGGCCAUAUGACUACCCUGACUGGUGAAGAAAUUAGUUACACUGGCUCAGAUGGCAAUGAAGGAGGACUUAUAGCCAGUAUCAACAUGAACCAUAAAGCACUAAUUGAAAAACUUCCAGAUCUGGAAAAAACGUCACACAAAUAAGCAUGACUGGUGGAGAAGUACAAGUUGUGCUUUUGUAGCCUCCAGAUGCUCUGUCUGAAGAAGCAGGUGUGAAAACCUGCUGGAAAAGAUGCACAGCAAAGCAGUUUGGUGUGGGUUUGGGGACUAUAUCUUGCAUUGGGUUUUGUCAGUGGUGGUAUUUAAAAAGAAUAAAAUAAUAAUAAUAAUUGGAAGUAGGAAGGGGACGAUGGUCUCACACAUCAGUUUCCAUGUUUUAUUUUUUUCAGACUGUUUUCAUAAAAUUCUUAUACUCAAGGUGCAUUUACCAUAUAUAUUGGUGAGCAUAGGUGAACUAAAGAAAAAUCCAAUUUUUUUUGGUAAAAUAACCUAAGUAUUUCUCACAGGAAUUUCUUGAAAUCUUUUACAUCUUAUUGUAGUUUUAGUGAUUCCAUAAUAAAUUAGGUAGGAAAAAAAGCUUGAUUUUUAUAGGCAUCUGAAAACUGUAAACAGUUUAUCAGGAAUCAUGACCUCGUAUUUUGUAUCCCCUGAAUGGAAAGCACAAGAAGGUUGAUUCAAAUCUAUAUGCAGCAACAGUUUAUCUUUGACAGUGUGGCACUCUGCUUUUUAAGAGAAAAAAGGAAAUGUUUUGUGACUUCUUUCCUGAAGAUGUAAACCAGUUUUAGUUUGGGUGGGUUGUGAAUAUCGGUGUUUUAUUAAUCAGUGUAAUUAUUUCCUUAUACCUUUUUAAAAGAAGGCAGCAUUUCCUUGUAUAGUUUUUAGCAGUUACUUCUUGUCCUUGAUUUCUGCAAGCAGUGUUGAAAAUGCAUGAUAGAUUUUUCUCUAAUGUAGGGCUUGUUCAUCAUGUGAUGUUUGUGCCUAUAGAAGCAGCCUCUUCCUUCAGUACCUGUUAUUUGGUUUGUUUGGGUUUUCUUUCCAUUGGACAGAGUCAUAGGGAAUGAGUUUUACAGAAAUAGUAGGUUGACUGGUUAAUUUCAUUUCCAACACAAGAUAUAAACCAGCACUUUUUCUACAACUCCAGGAACAACUUUGACUUUAGCUUGCAGCACACUCUUUGCUGCAGAAAGCUCUUCAGCCAUUCCAAGCAGCUUGUGCUUAUUUGGUUUGUGGUACUUUAUACAGUGAGAGAAGGGACUGUUUGAAUUUGAAUCUGCUUGCGCAAGUUUGAAGAACACGUGGCAUGUGAAGUACAACAGGGUCUGCAAAACUUUACUGAAAAAUGUUCUUUGCAAUCUAAUACAUACAGAACAGAAUUCAGGUCCUUUGAUAUCAAAAUGACAAUUUGUUGUACCUCUAAAAGUUGUGGACUUCUAUCUCCAAACAUGUAACCAUCUGCAUUGUUGUUCUCUACAUCCCCCUGAAAGGUUUCAGAAGGUUAAAAUAUAUGUGUUGUUUGAAUUAUCAGAAAAUAACUGCCCAUCUGUCCUCAAGAAUGCUAAAAUUCUAAGUUAAUAUAGAUGGUUUCUGUUCAAAGUUUGUUCAGUAAAGGCUUAGGCUGCUUGAUCAAAACCCUUAAUUCUUUAAUUUUGACUUCUUUCAUAUUGUUAAUGAGAACUGCUGUUCUCAUUAAAAAGAGGUUUUUCUCCUUAGGUCAGUCAUGGAGAAUGUUUAGAUACUGCUUUCAACUUCUAGCUGAAGUUCACAUUUCCAAAAGACUUCCCAGAUGUUGCAUAACUACAGAUACAGACUUAUUUCUCAAACCCACUGGCAAAGGAGACUGAAGCUUAGUCCUACAAGCCUUUUGGUGCAGGUAGUUUUUGGAGAACUUCUUUUCCAACACAGACACUAUUGCUGCUCUUUUAAAGUAACUUUUACACAUAUAGAUAAUACACAAAGCAAUUUUACUUCCAGUUCUUAAAUUUAAGAAACUUCUAUAUGCUAUGACAAGUAAGAGGUCAUGCCCUUUUUGAAAAGGAUCUGGUCUAUUUCAAAAAGUUGUUGAGCUUCCAAACUUCAAUGAAGAAUAAAAGAAACAUAUUUAUCAAGGUUUUAAGAUUUUACAAGAAUAUUGCAUCUUUUUAAGGCUGAUUUAAAUGUCUUAAAGCCUAAUUUAUAAAAACAGCUGUUUGUAUGUUUACUGAAGAACAUGGAUUAAAAUUUAAAUAUGAGAAAUAGCCAUAGUUAGCCUAGUAUAAAAACCUGAUUGUGUCACAGAGAUCGAAUGCACAAUAUUUAAGUAGGCAAUUAAGAUAAAAUCUGUGGCAAGUGGGGUUUUAGAAUCAGCUUGAAAUCCUACGUAAACAGACUUCCUAAAAACGGGACUGCUUUUGUUCUGGGGAAUGCUUCUAUCACAUCCUUGCAUAAGCUGUGAUCAGACUUCCUGUAUGGGAAAUGAAAAAUGUUAUGUAAUGUACAAGGUCUUACUUGUAUUAGUUGAAGGCAUAGACCAGUGAACAGAAGUAUUUGCCUAUUUUAUUUUUCCUUAGGAAAACAAAGUACCGUAGGAGAGGCCCUCCUUUCCUUCCCCCCACAUGUUGGCUAAAAUGCCUAGCCUUCCAUUAGGAAGACUUGUGCAUGUUUAGACAUGUUAAUAUCCUAAAUUGCUUUGUUGCAAUGGAUCACAGUACCUUUCACAGGGGACCAUUAUUGGCCUAAUUUCACUCAUGAUGAAAUAGAAGAAAAGGUGGGAGUGUGGUGCCCAGUUAAUUACUUGUAGUAGAGCCUGAGCUUCUUUCCCACACUUGAGGGCUAAGGUAGUGCUUGUGGUCUCCCAGUGUAAUUUCAAGAGCUUUGGUGUGAGAAUAGGUGAGCAGCUGGUGAAUAUCAGUUUCAGAUGUCAUUUUGCAAUAAAUGUAACUCUUAUGCAGACCAGCAGGUAUUCACAAGUGCUUGCUUAGUGCACGCAUCCCAGUGCACUUUGUUUGGAUGGUGUUCAAACUCAGCAUGUCGUUUCUUUGACUGUUUACACUCCAUUCUGAAACGUUCUGCUUAAAUUCUGGCUUGAAUAUUUGUUUGGUCUCAUCAGUGUGGAUGUGACUUAACCUUAUGCCCAGAGGGUAGGAAAUCAUGCCAUACCCAAAUCUUACUGCUGGGCUGCAACAGUUUUCUUUACAUCUUAGCGUUUUCCACAUGAAGCUGUCGCACACCAUUUUUAGGGAUGCUACUUAAAACAAUUGCAUGGUCUAGGUAGGUCCUACAAAAGUAUAUAUUUUUAAAAAUCUUAAUUAAAAAAAAAUCAUAGUAGCAAUCUAGCUCCAAAUAAGGGAAGUAAGAGAAUGUAUUAUUUUAGCAUUGGUUUUCCAAUGGUGGAUAUUUUGAGUGGCUAUUAUGAUUAAGAGGGUUGCAAGUGAAAUAAUUCUAAAGCUGUAUGUAUUUUCUCUUUUUCAUUCUUCUAAAAAGAGUGUAUGAUAGCAUAGAUAAUACCUGGUAUUGUACCAAGAGUCCUAGCUUUCAUUCCUUGAAUGAAUAUUUUCUAAAUAAAUGAAGACAGAAAUAAAUGGGUUAAAUAUUGUAUUUAACUGAAUUUCAGAUUAACCUGUUUGCCAGACUUUUACAGAUGGAUUUAAGAGCUGUUUGUUCUGAUCUACAGAGCAUGUAAUGAUAAUGAAAAUACUUAGCAGAUAUGGCAUACUUGGAGAGUGAGUUAACCAUACAGUGAAGCUGCAAAGUCAUCUAGUGAUAUUGUUCCAUAUAUUUACUUCAUGGUUGUUACAAGGAACAGAUUUUCUAAUUGGAUUCAGGUGUGAGAAAAGUUUUGGUGGGUUUUUUUUGUUUUGUUUGGGGUUUUUUUUGUUGUUGUUGUUGUUUUUUUUUUUUUUUUUUUUAUUGGCCAAUAUCUGGAGACCAGAGGUGGGGAGGAGAAUUGGUACGGGGUUCAUCUCUGCUUUUUUGUUUAUAAAUAAGUGUAUUCCAAUGUCUUUGUAGCAUCCUGUUACCUGUUUGGGUUGUACAACAGUAGUGCAGUAUUUUAUACUCCUGAUUUAAUGUCUAAAACACAGAGUCCGCAUCUCCCAAGAAUUGUGCAGUGAGAAGUGACCAAGUGUCAUUCUGGGCUUCUGCUGUGUUACUCCAGCAGAGAAUGGCUGCUUUGUUUUCUCCUGGAUGUCAUUCCAGUAGCAGUUUCUCUCACAGAAAACUGCUUUUCCAGGCUACUGUCACCCCAGUUAUGCCAAACUUCUUUGUGGAUCUGUUUUCUGAAGUAAACAAGCAGCAGAAAGAAGCAGAUGGAUGUGCAACAGAGGACAAUUAUUUUUGUUUCUUUAUUUUUAAAUUGCAGUAAUUGUUUCAUGUCUCUUGUCUUUCAGGGGUUAGAUAAUGGUACAGGUAAGAUUCAAUGGACCACAAAUAAAUGCCUGUGGGAUUUUAAGCCCAAAUAGGAGAAGGGCAGGAAGGACUGCCUCUAACCAAGGCAAAACUCAAUGGAUGGUUUUCAGUCAGGCCACUCAUGCUGAGUCCUUCAUCUGUGCUUUAGUGGUUUAGGCCGUUUCACACAAUUACAGUUUUGAUUUUGCCAGAAUACCACCGAUAGUCUUGUCUUCAGUCUGCUGUCCUCAGUGAUAAAACUGGACUAUAUCUGCUUCACUGUAAUGUAACUCAGUUGGGUCCUCGGAAUGAGGUAAUUCUGAGGACCCAAUUGCUUGACUUGUGAACCACAGCUCUUGCAGUGAUGACCUAGUACUUGGUGCAAGUGUCUUCCCACCCCACGAGCAGGUCAUGCACCCACCACCCAUAUUGAGAAGGUGUUGAAGCCUUAUAUAUUUUGGCUUUCAGGUGCCACAGCAGCUCUUUCAGCUCUUCUGUGAGAAGUCCUUGUCCAUUGUCCUCUCUCUGGAGCCAGAAAUUAGUGGCUACUUUUUCCUCUUUGUUCUUCCUCUCUGUUCCCUUCUGAUCCUUGAUCCUUCUUUAGUCCAUGUGGACAGAAAAAUGAAAUCAGAGAUGAAGAUAGUCCCAGAGUGAGAGGAUCCCAGCAGUCAACUAUCCAAUUUAUCCUGAAGCUGGUAAUGUUCGGGACUAAGGUCUAAGGUAGUGACUGAUUCUACCAGAAGUGCAAUAGUUGCCAAUGAAGUAAUGGGAACAUGGAGAGGUUUAUGCAAUUAGGGCUACUGAACAUACAGAAAAGAUGCAGACGUACUAAGGAGAAGUUAAACACCCAAAAAAACAGAGAAAGUGGUUUUUCAUUAUAAUGUUCCAAGCAUUCGGUGUUUGUGCCCCCCCUCCCCCCCCCCGCCCCCCGCCAGGGUGCUGACCUUCAUUGCUUGUGAAAGAUAGGAAAGAGACUGCAUUGGCCCUCUGUGAAAGGCCUGAUUUUUGUUGAACUCAAUAGCAGUAUUCCAACAGAACUCAAUGUGAGCAGCACCAAGCCAGAUAAAAAGGGAACAGUAAAUUAAGCUAAAUUCUGAAAAGCUCCACCUAUGUCAAUAAAGCAAAUAACCUGGGUUGUGUUAAAGUUGUCUUUUAACAGCUUCAGUCUACAUUUGGAAUUGUCACCCCAGUGUCAGGUCUUUCAGGUUUUUUUGUGUUCUACAGAUGAUAGAGCCCACUUUCAGGUAAUAUUGUUUCCUACACCAAUUGUUCCUUAUUUGCAAUAUAUAUUUCAUUUUUCUCUCCAAAGGAUCAGCAACAGUCCAGCAUUUUUACUCGUCCCACCAAAUUGUAUUAGCAUUUUCCAGUUGUGUGCCAAAUUGAAGUAGCAAUUCUAUAAAUAAAUUCUCUGAAAAUA